UUUCACUUUUUUGUACUGCCUGUAACGGGACAAGUACUGAAGUAAUAACUGAACUGGAUUAGUUUGUAUGUACCGGUACUUCCUCGUUUCUGUAAUUUUGUUUGUUCUGUUUUUAUGUUAUCCGGCUCGUUUAAUGCUGCAAUGCAUCUAAUUAUUCGUCACAGUCUAUCCUGCACAGAGUCAUGACAUGCUGGAAAGCAGAAAAUCUUUGAGAAGUUUGCCGCGGUAUCUUGCGGACCGUUUCCGAAAAAAUAUGAUCCUGCGGCUUGUUCUCGUCGUCCUGUUGAUUGCUUUAGGAUUAUCUUGGCAUGUGUGGUCUCAGAGUGCCAACCAUACGGGAGACAUAAGUAUUUAUGCACGCUUGGAUGCUCUGGAAAAGCAUCUGGAGAUUCUGAGCCACAAGCAUAAAGUCUAUCCUGAAGUGAGAAAUCUUAACUACAAAGACCGAAGAAGGAUUUUGGUUACCGGAGGCGCAGGUUUUGUUGGGUCUCAUCUUGUUGAUCGACUAAUGCUUGAAGGCCAUGAAGUGAUUGUGGUGGAUAAUUAUUUUACCGGUCGUAAGCGAAACGUCGAGCACUGGAUUGGACACGAAAAUUUUGAAUUGAUCCAUCAUGACAUUGUUAAUCCUUUGUUCAUUGAAGUUGACGAAAUUUACCACUUGGCCUCGCCGGCAUCACCACCCCAUUAUAUGUACAAUCCCGUCAAGACAAUAAAGACCAACACCGUCGGAACAGUCAAUAUGUUGGGCUUGGCCAAACGCAAUCGUGCUAAGCUGCUGCUUGCCUCCACCAGUGAAGUAUAUGGCGAUCCGGAAGUCCAUCCACAACCGGAAUCGUACUGGGGACAUGUCAAUCCCAUCGGACCGCGGUCGUGCUACGAUGAGGGCAAAAGAGUGGCGGAGACGCUGUGUUAUGCCUACCAGAAGCAGGAACGCGUUUCGGUAGCAGUGGCGCGAAUUUUCAACACUUUUGGCCCGCGGAUGCAUAUGAAUGAUGGGCGAGUGGUUAGCAAUUUCAUCUUGCAGGCUUUGCAGAAUGAACCAAUUACGGUGUAUGGCAGCGGGGAACAGACACGCUCUUUCCAGUAUGUAUCGGAUCUAGUGGAGGGGAUGAUUUUAUUAAUGGCCGCAAAUUACAGCCUGCCCGUUAAUCUGGGUAAUCCCGAAGAACACAGUGUAAAGGAAUUUGCGGUGAUGAUUAAUAAUGCAGUGGAUGGAAAGAGUGAGAUUAUUAACAAGCCAGCGAUGAUUGAUGAUCCGCGCCGGCGGAAACCGGAUAUUACUCUCGCUAAGAAUCUACUCGGUUGGGAACCAAAAGUGUCACUUAAAGAUGGGCUUUCAAAGACUGUGCAGUAUUUCAAGAAAGAACUGGCGAAAUCGUCUGAACCGAUACGACCUUUGCAACUCCCGAAUGAUUUGUUAUGACAAUGAUACUUUUUCAAAUCGGUGUCCUUGUAUCAUUCGGCAGUUUCGCAUCCUAAUUGUUCCUGGUCCUAAAUCUUGUUUAGUCUUAUUUUAAACUUUUAACGGAAUUUUGUUUUGUUUGCCAAACUGUAUAUUGUGCCAAAAAGUUUACCGCUUUCAAGAUGCAUUUGUCUGAUGCAGGAUAUAAUACUCAAAAAAGAUUAAAUUUGAA